UCAAACUCUAUCUUCAAUUCUUCAUAACUAAAUUAAUUCACUACACAUCUAAAAGAAGAAAACGAUGUAAAAUUGAGUUUAGUUCAUAGCACGUCUCACUCUUCACUACUCACGUUGGUACCCUUCACUAUCCAAUCAAGGUCACAAUCCUCUUUCUCCUUUCUCCUUUCUCCUUUCUUCAGUCUUCCUUUCAUAUUUUGCCCAUCAAUUUCAGAAAACUUAAAAUAAAGUUUCAAUUUCUAUCUACUGUAAACAUUCCCUAAUAUUCCAUUAUUCUGCUGCCCUUUAUUCUGAUUAUUUCCUUAAAUUAAUUUUCUUCUUUUCUCUUUCCAUUUUAAUCCCAGUAACUCCAAUUUGAGCUGAAAAGGGGAAGAGAGAGAAAAUUUGAUGAACUACCCAUUUCUCAAAAUGCCCCAAAUUCUUUGGAUCUAACCCUUAAUUUGAAGGUCUACCCCACAUUGUAUCUCAAAAACCCCAUUUCAAUUUUUUGAGUUUUGGGUGAAAAGUUGGCUAAAAAUGAGGGUGUUGAGUGAAUCUUGGUGUUUUUGCAAUGGUGGGGGUAAGUCUGAAAGACUUAAAGCUGCCAUCUUUACUACUAAAAGCUCAGCAAUGGCGAAACUUUCAGCUUCCUCAGCUUCUUCCGCCUCUGGAAGCUCCGUCGGUGGCGGCGGAGAAGCUUCUGGAACUGGGUUUUUGAUUCACAGGAACCUUCUUCUGACAACACAUGGCAACAUUCCUUCUGUUAAUGCUGCUGAGUCUGCUGAGAUCCGGCUUCAAAAUGGUGUUCCUGCCACUCUUGUGCCUCACAGGUUUUUCAUCACCAGUUCAGUGCUUGAUCUUACUAUUGUGGGCUUAGAUACCAUUGAAGGAGAUUCAGUUGCACAUGGUCAGCAACCUCACUUUAAAGUUUGUUCUAAACCAAACCUCGAAUUAGGCAACAUUGUAUAUCUUCUUGGGCACGCAGAGAAAAAAGAACUGUCCAUGGGUGAAGGGAAAGUGGUUAUAGCUACAGAUAAUCUCAUAAAACUAUCCACUGAAGGCUUUACUUGGAGCCCUGGAUCUGCUGGUUUUGAUUCGCAAGGCAACCUUGCAUUCAUGAUCUGUGAUCCAAUGAAGCUAGCCACCUCACCAAAUACCAAAUCUUCUUCAACCUCAUCAUCCUCUUCAGCAUCUUGGAAGAAGGAUCUUCCUAUGCAAUUUGGCAUCCCGAUGCCAAUCAUCUAUGACUGGCUAAAUCAGCACUGGGAAGGCAGCCUUGAUGACCUAAGCAAACCAAAAUUGCCACUGAUGAGGCUGAUGUCAGCAGGCCAUAGAAGUGAGCAUUCUUGUGCUUCUUUUACUAUGAGGCAAGUUUUCAAGGCAACUGAAGAAAUUGAGGGAACCACAUCAUCUUCAAAUACCGUAUCAAAACCUAGAGAACAGUCUGGACAAGGGUGUUCUGCUGCUGGACACAAUGGUGAGGAGGAAAAGGUAGUCUUGCAACCACAUGGUAGCACCACUCACCUUCAGGGAAUUCCAACUCCAGAAAUCUAUGAAUCACCAAAGGUCACUUCAAAUCCUGUAAAGAAGAACGAAACGACACAAAUCCAACUCUUAGAUAUCAACUUCCCUCCAAGAAUAUUUAAAGCCCCACCAACCCAACCUUCAAAGGAUCUUCUCCCGGGCUCAGGUGAGAAUUGUGUGAAUGAAGCUCCUUUACAAAGUUCAUACAAAGUGGAAAGAGAAGAGGAACACCAAAUGAAAUAUAAAGAGGCUGCAGUGAUGGAGGAAACUGGCUCAACUGGAUCAGUGGGUGAUGCACAGAGCGAGGUGCAGUCUAGCUGUUCACCAGUAGGGGUCUCAGGAGUGAGAGAUGCAGAGAGUAGUGAUGGAGAGACAUUGUAUUCAGCAGAAACUGCUGAAAGCAGAAAUUAUACUAGCCCUAGGGAAGGGAAGUUCCAGCCUGUUGGGAGGAGCCAAAGUUGUGUGAGCUACAAUAGGUGGGGUCCUGUUCACCGGAAUCCUGUGGCUCGAAGAACAUCGUCCUUGGAAAAGCAGAGAAGUUUUAUGCAGCCGAGAAAGACUUACUCACAAGGAGCUCCAUCUCACAAGACAAUGGACUAUUUUAGUCCUACAGUCUCUUCUAUCAUGAAGAAGCGGAACAACGAGCAGCAACAGCAGCACCCUCCACCGCCGCCACAGCCAAGCAGGCCUCGGCCAACUGCAGUAAAUUCUUCGCCUAGGUGGAAUUUUUGAUGUACCUACAGAUUGUGAAAUGUAGAAGAUAAAAGGAUAUACGAUAAAGUUAUAACUCUUCAUUUGUGGUACAUGAAAAGUGAAGCCGCUUGCCAUUGUUUCCAUUUUCUUACACUGUAAGUUGUAACUAAUUUGUUGUCACCACCCUUGUAGACAGGCACCUCUUGAAUAAUAAGAAAAAUAUUAGAAAGAAAUGUUGUAGCUCCACUGUACACUAUCAAUUUCUCAUUCUUCAUGUAAUACAUAAUUACAUAUGCCUAAAAUUGAAUUGCAGCUAUUAGUCGUUGACAGUUUGACACCAAUCAAAAUGUUAUAUACAGCUCUCGUAACAUCUUAUCAUCAACUAAGCUAGCUGACAUGAGGAUCGUGGAGUAUGGACAUAUGGUACAAUUUAGUACCUCAUGUCCUCUUCGGUUUCCCAACCUUGAGUUCAGAAGAUCCAAUCCACACCCGACCCCUUCUUUGGGCUCAUUACCACAUCGGCUAUCUCAAGAGAGAGACGACAAACUAGCCGGCAACGUUUUCUCAUACAGACACUAAAUUAGCUGUUCUGCACAUAAUAGGACAUAUAAAGGUGGUAGCAUGGUCCAUGUAUUGAUGUAAACCGUUGUAUAAACUGUCAAUUACUCAUGUUCAGAUAUCUGCUAUAGAAUCAACAGGACUAAUUUUAUGGCUCUAUUACAGACACGAGCAUAUAAGCUGUGCAACAGAAAGCUGAAAAUUUCUUUAUCCACUUGUUAUGCAUGUAAGGACACCAAACCUGGGUGGUCCAUUUUUCCUCUGGAUUUGGGUGCAUAUAUAAUGAUAUUAAACCUUAAGUUUUUUAUGUGAAAUAAUUCAGAGGAUCUGGAUAACAUGCACUUGAUCUCUUUGUGGGACACUGGGGGUAUAUGAGGUUUCGGCCUAUUAACAAAGAUUGAUGGUUUGUUUAAAAUAU